CGUUGGUAUCUCUGUCAAGUGAUAGAAACGUCAUAAAUGUCAUUUUGACAUUUCGCGACAACUGUGUUGUGUUGGUGGAAUUCAUUGCCGAAUUUAAACUAAAUGUUUUGCAGGAUACUGUGAAUAAUCCUUACCUCAAUGAUGCGGUUAAAAAGGGCUGUAGCUGUUAUCGGCUCAGCCCUUGUAGUACUUAUCAUCAUCAUGAUCUACUCAGCAAAAGAUUUGUCAGAAUUUGCAGGAAAGCGGCAACCAGUGGCCGAUUAUGAAAGCCUGAAAUUUGUGAAUUUAGAGAAUCGAAUCAAACAGCUGGAACAUGACCUAAACCAACAUGGCAAUGAAGUACAAGAUAUCAAAAAUGUGAUGAAAAAUAUUAUUCCACAAAACGCCAGUUCACAUUCCAUCAAAAAUUCACAAAUGAAUCCAAAGGACAGACUAAAGCCUGUCAUUACAGAAGUACUAUAUGAAUCAAACUGUCCUUUUCAGUUGAAUUUUGUCCCUAAAACUGAUAUUCAAAUGUUAGAGAUUUACAAGAGAUUAAAAUUUGAUAAUCCUGACGGCGGUGCCUGGAAGCAGGGUUGGAAAAUUGAAGUAGACGAAAAAGACUGGAACAGACAAAAUAAGUUAAAAGUGUUUGUGGUACCACACUCGCACAAUGAUCCUGGUUGGAUUAAAACUGUAGAAGAGUACUAUUUAACUCAAACUAAGCACAUUUUAAAUAACAUGCUUUUGAAAUUACCUGAGGACCCACGCAGGAAAUUCAUAUGGGCUGAGAUUUCUUAUUUUUCAAUGUGGUGGGAAGAUCUGGGGGAAGAUGAACGAGAAGUUGUUAAGAGAUUAAUACGCAAUAACCAAUUAGAGAUUGUUACAGGGGGGUGGGUUAUGAAUGACGAAGCUAAUUCUCAUUGGAUAUCUAUAAUGCAGCAGCUAACUGAAGGCCAUCAGUGGUUACAACAGAAUUUAAAUUAUACUCCACAAAGUAGCUGGGCUAUUGACCCAUUUGGAAUGUCUUUGACACAACCAGUACUUUUGAAAGAAAUGGGUUUUCGAAAUACGCUGAUGCAGAGAGUGCAUUAUUCAGUGAAGAAAGAGUUGGCGAGCAAGCAACAGCUGGAAUUCCGCUGGAGACAACUAUGGGAUGGUACUGGUAAGACUGAUAUGUUUACUCACAUGAUGCCUUUUUAUGGCUAUGAUAUACCUCACACUUGUGGUCCUGAUCCGAAAGUUUGUUGCCAGUUUGAUUUUAAAAGACUUCCGGGACAUGGUCUCCACUGUCCCUGGAAAGUUCCGCCGCAAGAAAUCACUGAUAAAAACGUGGCUCAAAGAGCUGUGAUGUUAUUGGAUCAGUACAGAAAAAAAUCAAAACUUUAUAAAACAAAUGUAGUUCUAGCACCGUUAGGUGACGAUUUUAGGUAUGAUCAUUCGACGGAAUGGGACGUGCAAUAUAAUAACUAUCAGAGAUUAUUUGAUCAUAUGAACUCUAAUCUUAACUUAAACGUACAAGCGCAAUUUGGGACGCUGACAGAUUAUUUUGAGGCUCUUCAUAACGAUAGGAAGGAUGCUGAUUUUCCCUCUUUGUCAGGAGACUUUUUUACUUAUUCCGAUCGUGACGAUCAUUACUGGAGCGGAUAUUAUACGUCGAGACCUUUUUAUAAGAGGAUGGAUAGAAUACUUCUUUCCUACAUAAGAGCUGCUGAGACGAUUCUUACUUUGGCUUAUUUAAGUGGUAAACCAGGCUCAGCAUGGAUAACCGACCGAGAAGUAGGCUUAGAAAGACAAUUAUCAGAUGCUAGAAAAUCGCUUUCUUUGUUUCAACACCAUGACGGUAUUACAGGCACUGCUAAAGAUCACGUGGUGAUAGACUACGGCAAAAAAAUGUUGGCAGCCCUUAAUGGUUGCCAGCACGUUAUACAACACGCUGCUCAUAUUUUAUUAUCAGGCAAAGAUGCAGAAACCCCUGAUCGCAACGCCCUUUUUUACAAUAUUGACGACGUAAGACACUCUCAUGACUCUAUAGCCGAACGGUAUCCGAUUACCAUUGGACCUGAACUAAGAGCGAAAAGAAUUGCAAUUUUUAACUCCCUGAGUUUCGAUAGAGAAGAAGUAGUAACACUUCACGUUUCCACGCCUUAUGUGGAAGUCUUAGACACAAAAAAGAAAAGAAUUAAAUGUCAGGUGUCGCCUAUUUUUGAGUAUGGAUCUUCCAUGUCACAAACGAAGUAUCAGCUGUCUUUUGUUGUACAUAUACCAGCUUUGGGGCUUGUUAGUUAUACCAUAAACGCACUAUGGGAAUAUGAAUCUCCAGUUGAAAGCGUACGCAGUGGUAUUAGAAUUUACAACCAAUAUGGAGACGUUCAAGCACCUGUUGGUUUUUCCGACAUUUUAGUUUCACCGAGUUCACGCGAAUUUACCUUACAAAAUAACAGAUUGACAGCGUCUUUCAGCAAUUUGGGUUUGUUAAAAGCGCUGAAAGUGGGAGCUAACACAGUUCCGGUUCAUUUGGAUUUUGCAAAGUAUGGAGUCAGACAAACUGCUGAACGAAGUGGUGCCUACUUAUUCUUGCCAGAUGGAGAUGCUGUUCCAUUGCAUAUUGAAAAUACUAUUGUGAAUGUGAUUGAGGGACCGAUUAUGUCUUCAGUUACUGUUCAGUUGCCUUACGUUCGUCAUAGUGUAACUUUGUACAGUUCUCUCGGUGCGGAUAGCCUAGGAAUUGAAAUUGAAAAUAUCGUUGACAUUGCUAAAACUUCCAAUUUUGAGUUGGUAAUGCGAUUAUCAACAAAUAUCAAAAAUUCAGACGAAUUCUUCACUGACUUGAAUGGUUUCGAGAUCUUGAGGAGAAAACGUUUUCAAAAACUCCCUAUACAAGCAAACUACUAUCCAAUACCCGUAUCUGCUUACAUUGAAGAUGACAAAACACGCUUGACUGUGUUAACUGGUAGUCCUCUUGGUACGAGUUCCUUGCUUGAAGGACAAAUUGAAAUAAUGUUGGAUCGCAGACUAAAUCAAGACGACAAUCUGGGUCUGGGACAAGCUGUUUUAGAUAAUCGCCCAACUAAACACAUCUUUAGAAUAAUUCUAGAACAAAAAACACAUUCAUGUCGAGCAACUGCGGAAGGACAUCCUUCAGGUUUUCCAACGUUAGCGGCCCAUGUUGCGGCACAGACUUUACUAAAUCCUUUAGUACGUUUAUUGAGGACAGAAGACGAAGAUAAAAUUUCCCAGCCUGAUUACCUAAGCGUAGAAGCUGAAUUUGGUGUUGAUUUCGUAAUACCGACUUUACGAACGGGUGUGACUUUGAAAGGAAGGGAUCAUGUUGCUUUUGUUGUACACAGACAGUUUGUGGAUACGUGCUUUGCUGAUCAAACUUUGUUAAAACAGUUUCCGUUAAGUCAAGGAUCAGUUAACAUCAGCGCACUACUCCCUACAGAAUUAGGAAGUAAACUUUUUAAAACGUCUUUAUCAUUUUUACUCUUGAAAAACGAAGUUCACAUUAAAGGUGACUUAUUGAUGUGCCCUAUGGAGGUCCAAGCGUUCAUUUUACAGAGGUGAAAUUAUAGCACAAUUGAGAUUCCAUGAUAUUAAAAAAUAGUACUCUACAUGUUUGAGGCCUUUUUAAUUUAAUUUGUCUGUGUUAUUUAGUGUUAGUGAUACUGUAAGUUGAGAUUGUUGAAAUUUUUAUAGUCAUGAUUACUUCCACUGUAAGCUCCAAGUACAAGAACAUGAAUGGUGUUGGCUUCAAAAUGAACUGUGGGGUGAUUUAAAAUUUUUUAGUGCAAUAAAUUACAGAAUCGUGUGUAAGUAUGUACUGGUGCAUAGUUUAGUUAAGCAUAUAUUAAAUUUUAAAGCCAGCAUCCCUAGUUGGGCGCUUUCAUUUUUUUAUAUCACUGUGUGAACACCUACUUAUAAUUUGAGCAAUAAAACACAAAAUCUUUUAA